CACUGAUUGGAUCAUCAAAUCAACGGACCAAUCAGUAAAGGCGUUGCUCAAAGAGGCGACGCUUUUGAGUUUUGAUUUUGGAAGCUAACGUUAGCCGCCGAAGCUCAGCUACUGGAAGAUGUCGGUGAAGCGGGGGAUUGGCGACUCUGAGUAUUUAAAGAAGAGGAUUCCACAGAAUCCAAAAUAUCAACAUGUAAAAACACGACUUGAUACAGGCUCCAGCCUGACAAAGUACAUGGAGAGACUAGAGGAGGCAAGGAAAAACUACAGAUAUAGGAAGGACGAGCUAUUUAAAAGACUGAAAGUGACUACAUUUGCACAGCUGUUAAUCCAAGUUGCUUCAGUGUCAGAUCAGAAUGACAACUUUAAAGAUGAAAUGGCGGGAUUAGAAGAUGAUGUUUCAAUAUUCUCUGCAUCACCGGGCCUCGACCGUCUCUCCGAUCAGACGAAUGGCUCCCCCCAGCCGACGCUUCCUGCCCCACAGAGUAUCAACAAUGAUGAAUCCGGUGAUACUGCGUUUUCUCCUAGAUCUACACUCCAAAGUGUCAUCAGUGGCGUGGGAGAAAUGGAUCUGGACAAGAACGGACAGAAGAGCAUCCAAAACUCUCCAGUGUCUACCUCCAACAUCACAGAGUGUCCCUAUCCUGACUGCCCAUAUCUGUUGCUGGAUGUGCGGGACAGAGAGCAGUAUGACCACUGCCAUAUUAUCAGUGCAUAUAGUUACCCCAUUGCGACCUUAUCAAGGACAAUGAACCCAUACACGAAAGAAGUGCUUGAUUAUAAAAAUGCAUCGGGAAAGAUCAUAAUUUUGUAUGAUGAGGAUGAGAGGAUAGCAAGUCAAGCCGCCACCACCAUGUGCGAGAGAGGCUUUGAGAAUCUCUUCAUGUUGUCAGGGGGUUUAAAAGUGGUUGCACAGAAGUUCCCUGAGGGAAUGACAACUGGCUCCAUUCCCAUCUCCUGUCUGCCGUCACCCUCGGGACCUGGAGGUCGUAAGCGAUCGGUUCCACAGCAGACAUCACAGCCAGCAGAAAAAAAGUGGCGCUUCACCUCAGAAGACCUCAGCAAAAUCCAGCAUUACCAAGAGGAAGUGUUCAUACCCAGUGAGCCCAGCAGUCGUCUCAGCAGCAGAAUGUCCACUAGCAGCGCUCGCUCCUAAGCAUCGACAGUUUCUUCAUCAUUGUCAUCUUCAAUCUUAUGCAAAUAAAGCCUUUAUAUUUUACUUUUGCGGGAUUCCUGUGAACAUGGACACUCUAAACUACUGGUAUUUUUUUUCAGUUCACUCUUAUUAUGCCACAUGCACAUUCUCAGAACUACACUGGGAGAAACUGAACAUUUCUUGGUUCUGGUAGUACACACAAAUGGCACUGUUUUAUUAUUAUUUCAAUUUAUUCACAUAUCUUUGCACUGCAGACUCCAAAUCCAAACUACAUGUUUAAGAUCUAAAUCUGUUUCUGAUUUGCCGCUAUCAGUUUUUUGGCAUCACUAGCCAUUUAUACUAUAAUGAUGGUACAAGAUGUCUAGGGUUUGACAUCUUAUCCCUUUUAAUGCAUAUGUAGGUUCUUCUAUAUGUUAUGCAAGUAAGCAGGUCUUAGUGGAAGGACUCCACUUCUUGUUGGUCAUUUUCUGUUCAAUGAGCAUGCUGGUUUAGCUACUGUAUGUUUACUUGCUCACUAGGUACAGUAUGUAUGUCGCAGUGCUUUAGAAAUAUUUUAGAUGUGCUGAUUUUUGCCUUAAAGGCAGAGCUUGUCUGUUUGUUCAGUGCAUUUAUUUAAAUGUUUGAUGCUUUCCAAACCAGUGCAAAAAGAUUUUUCUUCAUAAUCGGCGUCUACUCAGCUGUGAUUUGAAUGUUAUGAAAUGUAGAUAUGAUUGCGGGCAUUAAUGAAGAUGAUGUUUCUUUGUGAAACUUUGUAUUGUCUGUUGCAGUGCCUGAUGAAGGAACUUGAAGUGCGUUUAUUGGAGUCAGUGUAUAUGGAAUGUGUACAUGAAGUGGUAGAAAGUGCUUUGUUUGGCCUUUGUUGUCCACGUUUCUGUGCUUAUUGACUGAAAUCAGUUAUCCCUGUUCUGUUGUAGACUUUGUUUUAUUGACCAAUUAAGUAAUUUAAUUUAAUCAAUGAAAACUACCUGGUUUGUUAUGUUGUAUUGAAGGCUGAAUAAAAAUCAAUUUUAUA